AUGCUGGAAGUUCACAUCCCGUCGGUGGGACCCGAGGAUCCCAGGCAGAACCCAGAGAAAGGCCACAUGGUGUUCCGAGUGGAAGUGCUGUGCCGCGGGCGCAGGCACACCGUGCAGAGGCGCUACAGCGAGUUCCACGCGCUGCACAAGCGGAUCAAGAAGCUGUACAAAGUGCCCGACUUCCCCUCAAAACGCCUGCCUAACUGGAGGACCAGAGGAUUGGAGCAGCGGCGUCAGGGCUUGGAAGCCUAUAUCCAGGGUGUCCUGUACCUCAACCAGGAUGUGCCCAAGGAGUUACUGGAAUUCCUGAAUCUUCGGCACUUCCCCACAGACCCGAAGGCUAGAAGCUGGGGCGCCCUGGGGGAGUUCCUGCCCAAUGACAGCAGCUCCCAGCUGCACCACCGGCCUGUCUUCAGCUUCCACAGGGAUCCCUACAUUUGCAGCCCAUCCCCAGAGCCUCUGCCCAACGUGGUGGUGAAUGGUGUGCUCCAGGGCCUCUACGGCUUCAGCAACAGGCCAGCUGAAGCUCAGCCAGAGGCAUCUUGUCACCCUGCUCCUUUGCCACCCAUGCCCUGA